AUGAGUUCUCCUACCAAAGAUGCAUCUGUGAUCGAUCUUGCCAAUUAUCCUUCAAUGGAUUGGCCUACUUCCCUAGAUAUCCCUUUAAAAGCCUCUGAAGAACUGGUCAGUAUCGAUUUAGAUACAGAUUUACCAGAUGAUCCAAACGAUUUGAGAACUUUGUUAGUUGAAGAAAAUUCUGACAAAGAACAUUGGUUAAUGAUUGCAAUUGCAUAUUGUAAUCAUGGUAUGUUGGAGGGUGGUAUCAAAUUGAUUCAGAUAGCUUUGGACAUAUUUUCUGAUUACGAUAAAGCCAGUCUUUAUACAUUUUUGACAUGGGCUUACCUUAAGAUGGCUAAGAUGAAUAAUAUUGACGUAGCUAAGAGAGAAGAAGCUUUACAAAACGCAGAAAAUAAUUUGAAGGAUGCAAUUGCGUUUAAUCCAACUUGGAUCGCAAAUAUCUUGGCUACUUUAGAUUUAUACUAUCAAAGAGGUCAUUACGAAAAGGCUCUUGAGACUGCAGACUUAUUUAUAAAAGGUAUUGAAGCCGAAGAGAGAAGAUCUGGGAAACCACUAAAACCAAAUUCUAUGUUUUUGUUCUUAAGGGCUAAACUUUUAUACCAUAACAAGAAUUACAAGGCUAGUUUGAAAUCAUUCCAAGAAUUGUUAGUCAUUAACCCUAUGAUUAAACCAGACCCUAGAAUUGGUAUAGGUAUGUGCUUCUGGCAAUUAAAAGAUCAUCAAAUGGCCAUCAAAUCUUGGAAAAGAGCUGCCCAAUUGGACCCAAAUAAUAAAGGCCCAUCCACUUUGGUAUUAUUGACAGAAUUUUAUAAAGCUUUGACAGAAUCCAAUAACGAUACUCAAUUUGAAGAGAAUUUCACAAGUGCUUUAAAGGAUUUAGAUUCUCAAUUGAGUGCAGAUAAAGAAAAUCCAGUUCUUCUAAUCUUAUUACAGAGUUAUUAUUAUUUCAAAGGUAACUAUACUAAAAUUUUAGAGAUUUAUGAAAAUAAAUUAGCUCCAAGAAAGGAAUUAUUAUCGAAUACUGUUCUAUCAGAUGCCACAUUCUGGUGUGGUAGAGCACAAUAUGCUCUUGGUGAAUAUCGUAAAGCAUUUGCGAUGUUUCAAGAAAGUUUAAGAAAGAAUGAGGAAAAUCUUUUAGCUAAAUUUGGAAUUGGUCAAGCACAAAUUAAGACUAAUUUGAUUGAAGAAAGUAUCUUGACUUUUGAAAAUCUUUUGAAAACCCAUGAAUCGAUACAAGAAUUGAAUUAUAUUCUAGGUCUUCUAUACUCCAGUAAAUGUUUAGAUUCUAAUAGUAGGAAAAGUUUAUCCGCAAAAGCAUUAAAGAGUACAUCAAAUAAAGCAAUUCAAUUUUUGGAAAAAUAUGUUAAUUUAACUACGGCCAAAAAAAAUCAAUUGGUAACACCUCGUGCCUACCUAUUAUUAUCUCAAUUAUAUGAAAUUAGAAACCAUUACAAACAAUCAUUGGAACUAUUGAGUAAAGUUGUCGAUGAAUUGACUUUUAUAAAUGAGGAUAGUGUUCCAUUAGAGAUUUACAACAAUAUGGGUUGUUUCUAUUUCAUUAAUGGUGAAGUCGAGGCUGCCAAUAAAUAUUUCAAAUCUGCUCAAGAAUUGAAUCAUGAUAAGAGUGUCGCUAUUACGAUAGACUUUAAUGUAGCAAGAUCGGAUGAGUGUACUAAUAUUGAAGCAUCUGAAGCAGUCUAUGGGAAUAUCCUUCAAGAGCAUCCAUCAUAUCUAUCAGCAAAGAUAAGGGAGUUAUACUGUAAAUAUAUUUCAUCGACAACUCAUAAUAUCGAGAAAGAAGAUGAUAUUAUGAAGGCCUUAUUAUCCAAAAAUGAAUCGAAUUUGGAGAUUCGUUCGUUCUACAGUUGGUAUCUAAAUACUGUGCAUAAUAGUAGUGAUUUGGCUACCGAAAGUAAUAAAGAAACUUUAGUCAAAUAUGAUUCCCAUGAUUUAUAUGCACUUGUUUCUUUGGCUAAUUUGUAUUGUGCUAUUGCCAAAGAAAGUAAAAAAACUGGUUCUAGUAAAGAUAUGGAGAAAUCUAAACAAUCUUACUUAAAGGCUAUUCAAUUAUACCAAAAAGUUCUACAAAUUGAUCCAUUAAACAUUUUUGCAGCUCAAGGUAUUGCUAUUGUAUUUGCUGAAAACAAAAGAAUGGGUCCAGCAUUAGAAGUGUUAAGAAAAGUUAGAGACUCUAUUAAGAAUGAAGAUAUUCAUAUUAAUCUUGCUAAUUGUUUAUUGGAGAUGAAUGAAUACGUCAAGUCCAUUGAAAUUUAUGAAUUAUUGAUUAGAACGUUCAGUAAUUUGAAAAAUAAACCGUAUAUCUAUAAUAUGUUAGGUAAGGCAUGGUAUUUUAGAGGUAUGAGAGAAAAAUCCGUUGAAUAUUUGAAAAAGUCUAAGGAAAGUGUAAAAUCUUCAAUUGAAACUCAAGGUGAUGAAGCUUUAGUGGAAGGUAAUGAGAAAGAAAUAAACAAAUCUAAUAAAUAUAUCAAUACUUUGAAAUAUAAUUUGGCUUUGUUGGAGUUCCAAAUCGCUGAAACUUUGAGAAGAGCGUCAGGUACCAACCGUACCUCCGCUGAUCUAAAGGAAGCACUUGUUGGUUUACAAAAUGGUUUAGUUCUGUUGCAAGAAUUGAAAGAUGAUGAAUCAUUUGUUAUUGUUUCAAAGGAAGAAUUAGAACAAAGAAUUCAAUUAGGAGAGACUACAAUGAAGACAUCUCUUCAGCGUUGUAUAUCGGAGCAAGAAGUAUUUGACAAACAAAACGAUGUUAAGUUAGAGGAUGCUCGUAAAGCGUUAGAACAACAAGAACUUGAAAGCAGGAGAAGACAAGAAAAGGAAGAUGAAGAAAAGCGUAUCAAGCUAGAAAAACAAGCAGACGAAUAUAAGAAAUUACAAGAUGAGGCACAACAAUAUAUGUUGGAACGUGAAAGUAUGCUUGUUGAUGAAAAUAAUGCAGGUGCUGAUUCGGAUGCUUCUUAUGAUAGCGAUGGUCAAAAGAAGAAAAGAAAAAGAAGUAAAAGUUCAAAGGAACCUUCUAGUGAUAAGAAAAGGAAGCACACUAGUGGUUCUGGAAAUGACAACGACGAUGACGAUGACGACGAUGUAAUUAAGCCAAGCAAAACCAAGCACAGAGGGAAAAAAUCUACAUUAUCAGACGAAUUUAUUGCUGAUAGUGAUGAAAGUGGAGAAGAACCUGUUUAUGAUGAAGGUUCCGACAAGGAAGAUACUAAAAAUAACGAUGAUGGUAGUGACGACGGUGACCUUUUCUAA